AUGUCUUACUACGACAAUAACAACCAGUACAGCGCGCCCUCGGGCUUCCAGCCCAAUGGUGGCUUCAACGCACCCCCGCAGGGCCCUUACGGCGCACCCUCCUACGACCAGGGCAACCAGUAUGGCGGCGGCGGCUUCAACCCCAACGCGGGCUACGGCGCGCCGCAGCAGCAAUACGGUGCACCCCAGCAGCAGUACGGCGCGCCGCAGUACGGGCAGCAGAGCGGUCAGGCCGCAGGGUAUUACGGUGACCAAGCGCCGGGCGCGUCGGGCGGCUUCAGCUCCAGUCGCGAGGCGAGCGACAUGUCCAACGAGGACCUCCCCUUCCCAUGGGUGCGCGAGUGGGACGAGCAGUACAAGCAAAUCUACUAUGUGAACCCGCAGACGAACCCGCCCACGACGUCGUGGACCCACCCAAGCUGCGCACCCGGCCAGGAGCACCCUGAGCAGCAGCAGACCCACCGUGAAGCCGAGCAGCUGUACGCUGCCGAGGGGCCAGGUGGCGCGCAGAAUGGCGAGCGUGGCCUGAUCACCAAUGCGGCCGUCGGCGUCGUCGGGUACAAGGUCCUUACCUCGUUGCUGAAUAAGCACAAGAAGCCGAGCCACGGCGGGCAGAACAGCGGUCCCGGGUGGGGCACGUAUGCGAUGGGCGCGGGCGCCGGUGUCGGCGGCGCAUACCUCCUCUCCAAGCUGUUUGCGAACAAGAACUCGCAGAAGUACGGACACCACAUGGGCCCGCCCCCCUUCGGCGGCGGCCACUUCAAGUACUAG